CAGCGGCGUUUCAGUGGUGAUACCACAACAGAAAAGCUAUAGCACGCACAUCUUAUUUUUACCAUUUAAAAGAGACAGGAACUUACAGUUAUUUUCUUCCAGCCCUGGCCUUGACCCGAGGGAGGUCGUUGGGGUCCUGGAGCAGUUCCUGCAGGAGGGCCGGGUGUCAGCAUUACUGUGGGAGGUCUGUCAGCAGCAAGCACAGGCGGCCUGCCCAGAGCUGCAGGAUGCCCUGCUCAACAAGAUUGUGUGCUUGCCUGAGCAUGUGAGCAAUAAACUCCAGGGGAAAAACCCACCAGUGUUCUUCCCACAGACCUACUUCCCUCUCCUGGGUGGUGCAGUUCUCCAGGUGCUGCAGAAGAUCUCCAGCUCUCUGCGGGGUGGCUUGGACUGCUCCAUCUCUUUUGUUUCUCAUGUCCUGGGGAAGGUGUGUGUUCAUGGAAGGCAAAAGGAAAUUCUGGGAGUUUUGGUGCCCCACCUGACAGACCUCACCAAGUCAGACUGCAUCUGGCAGAGGAUAUGCUGGCGGUUGGUGGAAUGUGUGCCAGACCGCUGGAUGGAAGCAGUGGUCCUUGGUUUUGUGCAGGGAGCACCCGGGGCAGAUGUCUUGUCCAGAUUGCUGGGGAACCUGGUUGUGAAGAACAAGAAGGCUCAGUUUGUGAUGACACAGAAGAUGCUGCUCUUGCAGUAUGGCCACACGACGGCCGUGCUGCAGAACCUCCUUGGCUACCUGUCCCUGGACAGCCUCCGGCGCCCCUUGUUGCUCAGAGUGCUGCAGGAGCUGUUGGAGACCUGGAGCAGCAGCAGUGCCGUGAAACACUCCCCAGCUGAGCAGCAGCUGUACAUUAGCAAGGCCAUCCUCAUCUGCCUCUCCCACCUGAAGGGGCAUGAAAUUGAGAGCUGCAGACAAGAGCUUCUCACAAGCAUGAUGGAGGGUGUGAAAUGCCACUUGGACAGCAGUCUGCCACAGCUACGGCGUCUGGGCAUGGUGGUGGCAGAGAGCAUCAGCUUGAAAAUAAACACUGAGGGGCCUGUCCUGAAGUUUGAGUAUGAAGAAGAUGAUGAAACAAGAGAAUUGAAGUCCCUUCUGGUGCAGACUCCACCAUUCUGUGUUGUCCCCAGCUUUCCAGAAGAUGACAGGAGUGAGAAAGCAGGUGCUGCACUGCCGUUGGUACCAGAGAGUAAUGAGAAACCCCAUACAGCAGCCCCUGUGAUGCCAGAUGAGGAGUUGGAUGCUGAGCUUGACAGUGAUGAUGACCUCACCCCUUAUGACAUGUCUGAGGAUAAAGAGCUAAAAAUUAAGGCUCCUGUGUAUAUCCGAGACUGUAUUGAAGUUCUGACUGGAUCAAGAUCUGAGGAUGUGGACAAAUGGGAAGCUACAGUCAAGGCUCUUGAGAGCUUGGUUCGGAAGAAUCCAGCAGCAACAAGAGAGGUUAGUGUGGAGCUGGCAAAAAUAUUAUUGCAUCUGGAGGAGAAGACCUGCAUUGAAGGCUUUGUAGAGCUCCGUCAAAGAGCUCAAGUAGCUGUUUUAACCACAGACCCAAUACCUGUUGCAAAGUACUUGACCUCCCAGUUCUACUCUCUGAACUACAGUCUCCGUCAACGCAUGGACAUCCUUGAUGUAUUGGUUUUGGCAGCUCAGGAACUGUCCUGUCCCAAAUUCCAUGGGAAGACCAAGCAUUCUGGUGCUCAAAAGCCUUGUAUCCAGCUCCUUCCAGGAAGUGACAGCUCUAAGGACUGGAGAAGAAUUGUUGAUGAGAGGAUCAAAAGCAAGACUCGGAGAUUUGAUAUGGGUCAGUCUCAUGUGGAACUGGCUUCUCGCCCAAAUGAGUUCAAUUCUGUUGCUGGGCACUUCUUUUUCCCAUUGAUUCAGCACUUUGACAGGCCCUUAACAACAUUUGAUCUUCUGGGAGAAGAUCACUUAGUCCUUGGAAGACUGGUCCACACUUUAGCAAUCCUGAUGUACUUGGCCGUCAACACUGUGGCAGUGACAGCAAUGGGAAAGGCACUGCUGGAGUUUGUUUGGGCUCUGCGGUUCCACACGGACUCGUACGUGCGCCAGGGCCUUUUGUCCUGUAUCUCCUCUCUGCUCCUCAGCGUCCCUACGGAACGGAUUCUGGCAGACAUGACAGAGGAGCUGUUGGAGACUCAGUCCUGGCUGGGAGAUGUGAUGGAGAAAGACCCUGAUGGGGACUGCAGAAGGCUGGCCCUGCAGAACUUGCUGCUAAUGGAGAACCUGAAAAAGAAACUUGAAGCUGUCCCUUCCUAGCUGAAGGGUAACAGAAAUGACCUUUACCUUGUGCUCCUGCCAGCUGGAUGUGUUCGGGCACUGCUGGGGCCUCUUCAGCAGUCACCUGGCUGGAGGAGAGGAAGAAGGGGGAAGGGUGCUGAGCUCUAAGCCAGCGAGCCUGACUUGACAUCUGGACUUUGUAGUGGAGGCCAAUUGAGUGAGCUCUGGUAUCCGGUACAGCGUGUACAGAUGCAGGAAGGUAGGCGAGCGCUGCCAUCCUCCCGCACCCCCAGCCCCCACCCCAGCUAUUUAUAACCUUGGCAGGUCUGAGCGCUCGGCUAAAAAUACAGGGAAGAUCUCACACAGCCUUCUUGUCAGAAAAACAGGAGGGCUGGGGAGGGCCACUUGCCACUAUGACCUGCCCCUUAUGAAGGCUCCCAUGUCCCCGAGCAGCUGGAGUUUGGGGGACUAGGUGUUGGUCUGCUGCUGGAAGGGGUGGCAUGGUGCAGGGAAUGGCACUGCUGAUGGCAUGCAAACACUGGAUAGCUACACUGAAGUGCUGAAAGUGUGCCAGACUUUAAAGGCCUGAGCUAGAGCUGGGCUGUGAUUAGGAAGGAAUAAGGCAGGGAAUUCUUUUUGUAUAAUCUUAGUACAGAAGUAAAUUUCUACUAAAGAAUAAAUAAUGUUCAGAUUUUGACCUUAAAAUUUCCCCAACCCUUCUUCCCUGAAAGCAAUUUAGAAACUUCAUGUUCACCCCAAGUUUUGAAGCAAGUCACAAAAUGUGAAAAAGAAAAAUCAUUCUAAGUGUAAGUGCUGGUUGGUAAGAAACGUGAGUGAACUGAUAACUACCCCUUGGCAGGGCAGGGUGACAGGCAGAGAGGUGAGCAGAACCUUGGUUGUUAAUGUUGAGCUUCACUUCUCUCAGUCCUGCUUGUGCCAGGGAAGAAACUGGCCUCCAAAAAUCUGACUAGUACAGAGUGGCUUGAUGUAACUGUUGUUUGGAGAGGGAUCUUCACAGUAUGAAAGAAGCUUCACUCACUCACAGUGACCCAGCUUGAGCAGGGGUUGGUUGGACCAGGGGGCAUCCAGGAGGUAUCCAGGGUCCCUUCCAACCCAGGCAUUCUGUGACUGAGGUUUACCCCAGAUGUCUGUAAGUGGUUGCUCUACCCCACAUGACCCUCUGAUGUAUUUAAACACAGAAGCUUUUGUUGGAGAGAGUCAGCCUUCAGCCUGCAGGAGGGGAUAGUUUGACUUUUAACCAAGCUCCUACCCAAAUGGGAUGAAGAUUGUUUUCAGAAGGUCUCACUUCUAGGGAAUCACAGUCUGCACCUUAGCAGAUCAAAGCUGUACAUGAACAUCUCAGUUAUUCAGCUCUUCUCUGUACUGAUAAAAAAGCGAAGUUACAAUGUGCAGUUCUUACUGGGUUUUUUCUGCCUCAAAUUUAUUAAAAUACUAAAACCAGCUUUCUAA